AUGGUUGCGAGAUACUGGGACGCCGUUGCAGUAGCUGCCGAACACAGUGUCUGGAUAUUCUUUACUCACCAUCCAAAGAGAAAGCCAGUCCGCAUAGAUCUACCCAAGGAACCACCCGAGAAGCUCAUCGCAGCGGAUAGAAUAUGCCUUGCAUGGGCUAUUUGCAAUACCACUUUAUCCCAACCUCUCCUCAUCAUAUCGCGAGGCAGUCUCGUCUAUGUUUACAACGUUGAGCUUGAGGAUAUUUGUUCCUACCUUCGUGGACAUGGCGGAGCCAUUACUUCCAUAGCAGUGCAUCCUCGGUACCCUGACCUUUUCUGCACUACUUCGAGGGACCACUCUGCGCGGAUAUACAACUUGAGACUCCCUCCCGUUCAAGCACCGAACAAUCCUCAUUGGCCCCCGAUGCCGAAGCAGACCCCCAGUCGCGCUGGACCUGCACACGGAUUGCACAUGAACCAGCCCGAAGGAAGCGGAUUGGGCCGCUGCAUCAUCGUUUUAAUGGGUGGUCGCUCGGGUGGGCACAAUGCAGCAGUCCUCGGUGCGGCUUUCCACGAGGAUUUGCCAAUAAUUGCAACCUGCGGCAUGGACAGAGCCGUCAAGAUAUGGCAUAUUCGAACGAACGAGGCCGGCGAUCGAAUGCUGCGGGAAGAUAAGCCGCUCUUCAGCAGUACGCGUAUUCACAAGGGGAGGGUGCUUUCCGUUUCAUGGAUAGGAAGUGACGCUACCCUAAUCUCCCACUGCGCACCUGCCAUCAUGCGCAAAGACAGUGAAUCCGACGACAUAGAAACCUACCUUGAAGCAGGCACCGUCGUUGUCUGGCGGUGGCUGGGAAUGGACAGGUUCUUCCCAGCGAAAUAUUACCAUUUGCAACAGCAAGGGAUUCGGCAGACUGUACUCAGAGGAUGCUCAUCGGAUUACCAAGAGAGCUCUUCAUUCAAGGUCCUCACUGCAUAUGCAUUCAGAGACAUGCCCGACCAGUACACCGUCCCUCGAGGCGUUCUGUAUCAAUCUCCUUACCACGAUCCACUUUUCCUAUCCAUCUACCCCGAAGACGACCAUUUCCUCAUCACUAACAUCGCACUAAUGAAGCCCAGACAAAUACCUUCCUUCGAUGAAAUGUUCGCAGGAAUCUUAAAUACCAAUGUCGCUCCUGCAGCAGCAAAUGAAGCGGACGAAACGGAUGGAUUGCUAGUACCUGGAAACUACCUGAAUACCAACCUCCGCUAUUGA